GUGUGCUGCCUCACUCGGAGUGCCUGGAAACGUGUUUGGUCUGAGUGGAAAGUGUGGUUGUGUGGCUCAUGUUGCUUGCUCGGAGGGGGUUUGGGGAACGGGCAGUGAGUGCACAUGCAAGUCAUUCUCCGGGAUCAGACCGGUUCAUUUCAGAAAUCUCUCUCCAAGAUUAGAAUUACUCUGCUGCCCAGCUUGCAUUGUGUCACUUACUCUCAUUACAUCGCACUCGUUGCCUGUCAAGUUCACUUAUCAUUGAUGCGCUGGCUGGUUUGUUCUGUCUUAUUUGGCCCUGAUUUUGGUUUCUCCAUCUACCAAAACCAUAACGCUGCCUCCUCUGAUCACGGAUGUGGCUCAAGUUCUUGACCAUGCCAGUCCCAUCUGAGAGAUGGGAGUGUUUAUAUGUGAGAUGUUGAAUAAGAUUAAGGAGUUCAGGGAGAGACUAUGAGCUGGAGAGACCCAUGGAGAUGUGGAUAAGGAGGACGAUGUCCUUCUAUACCCCAGACUAGCGAAAUAAAAAGGUAUCUUUUUCAGAUAUUCAGGAACAGAAACAGCAAGGGAUGAAUGAUUUCACGUACAACCUUGAAGUUAGAUGCUGUUUGUUCCAAUUCGUUUGCCAGCUUGUGUGUGCGCGCGUGCGGCCUGACAGAUAGGGGAUGGGCUCCAGGUCUAAUGUUUCUCUUCUGGGUGGUAAACUGCAUCUUCUUUGAGCAACAUGAUUUCUGUAGAAUACCUCAGAUUUACAUGGUGCUCAUGUAUGUUUAGUUAAACACAGGAUUCGUAGAGGGAGACUGGGACACAAUGAGAAACAGAGAGGUGGGGCCAAAUCUGUAGAGGUGGAGACACAGACAGACAGACACAUACAGACAGAGACAGAGGGAUGGCUUGCUUUGUGCAAAUCCUGGCUACCAUCUCGUCUGUAAACUGUUCCUCAUUGGCCAGUCAGAUGCCCCCAGUGUGAAGGAAGUAUCACUAGGGAAACUUCUGCUUGCUGCGUGCACAUGUGUGUGCGUGUCUGUGUGCGUGUGUUGUCUUCUCUGCUUGUGAUAUUUUUAAACACCCUUCCUGGACUGGCUAAGGCUACAACCAGAGAACUAUACAUGCUUUACUGGAAAGGACUGGAGUGCUAGCUGAGGCUUUCUGAGGCUCUGUGAGACAACUGCAACAUCCUCAACAAUGUCCUCCUCUUCUCCUCUUCCACAGUUUCAUUGCAAGCUGUUUGCAAAAAUGGGGGACGACAAACCUUUUGUUUGCAAUGCUGCUGGCUGUGGGCAGAAGUUUACCAAUGAGGACCACCUUGCUGUCCACAAGCAUAAGCACGAAAUGACGCUGAAGUUCGGCCCUGCCCGGACCGACUCGGUCAUCAUUGCAGACCAGACACCGACUCCCACUCGGUUCCUGAAGAACUGUGAGGAGGUGGGCCUGUUCAACGAGCUGGCCAUGCCCUUCGAGCAGGACUUCCGCAAGGCCCAGGAAGAUGACGACCGGAGAGCCAAGAACCCACUGCCAGCCCCUUGCUCUUCAGCCCUGGACAUGAGUCUGCAGAUGCCCUCAGAUGUGGUCCGAGUGAAGGAGGAGGAGCCUGUGGAUGUGGACUCCUCCCCUCCUGCUAGUCCAGACUCCAUUUCCAGUAAAUCGGACAGCAACAAGGAACCAGCGCAGACAAAGGAUUCGCCCGCAAAGCCACCGGUGAGUUCUGCUCCCAUCCCCACCAUCGUACGGCCAGGAUCCCUGCCCCUGCACCUGGGCUACGACCCGCUGCAGCCCACCAUGCCUUCUCCCACCUCGGUCAUCACACAAGCCCCACCCUCCAACCGCACACUCGGGUCUCCCACGGGCCCCUACCCUAUGAUGAUGUUUCCCAGUGGCCAGACCGUCCCUGUGCUCCCAGGUCCUGUGCAAAUGCCCUCCGUGAUCUCGCUGGCCAGGCCCAUGUGUAUGGUGCCCAACAUUCCGGGAAUCCCAGGCCCUCCAUUAGGGGGCAGCAGCAGCGGCUCCUCCUCUCCAUCCGGUUACAACCCCCACUCUGAAGCCAAGAUGCGGCUGAAGGCAGCGCUAUCUCAGCAGAGUACGGCAACUCAGGGCUGUGUCGCCAUGGCGAUGGGCUCCAGUGCCAUGGUGCCACAGAGAAUGGAGCAGAGCCAACUGCUGGUGCAGCAGCCUGAUGCCCCAUCCCCUGCACAGCCACAGGUGUCCCCGGCUCAGCCCACGGGCGGCCGACGGCGGCGCACGGCCGACGAUGACCCGGACGAGAGGAGACAGCGCUUCCUGGAGCGCAAUCGGGCGGCGGCCUCCCGUUGCAGGCAGAAGAGGAAGCUGUGGGUCAGUUCCCUGGAGAAGAAGGCCGAGGAGCUGACCUCCAUGAACGUCUCGCUGACGAAUGAGGUGUCUCUCUUACGAAAUGAGGUUGCUCAUCUGAAACAGCUGCUGCUGGCCCAUAAGGACUGCCCUGUCACCACCUUACAGAAGAAGGCUGCCUAUUUGGGAGGAGAUGCCAUGAAGGAGGUGUCAGAGCCCACUGGCUCUCCUGCUCCGGUGAUCCAGCACAGCUCGCUGGCCCCAAGUCCAGCCGCCAUGGCACCUGGGCCCAACGGCCUGAGCUCGCGGGCAGCUGCUGAGGCUGUGGCCAUGUCGGUGCUGGCAGGAAUGGGCAGUCAGCAGGCCCAGGGCGGGCCCUCCCACAUCACCAUGCCAACACAGCCCCAGCCUUCGGCUAGAUGACAAGCCCAGCAAAUCACCCGGGACGCGCCCGGCACCGGGUGAGGAGCAGUGGAGCGUGAGGAGUGAGGGAUGAGUCCACUCUCUCGUCCGCUCUCUGGCCCUCUUGUGUGCCGUCGCUCUUCGGUCUGGAGCUUCCUUGAAUUCUGGGAAAGAACUGGGACUUCUGGGAGAAAGCACGAGCUUGCUGUUCACUAUGCCAUAGACUACAGGGGCUGGACUCCAAUCCUCAUCAUCCUCACUCACCAGGUUUACUUCUCCACCUGCAUCCUCCCUGUCUGCAUCCUCGUCUUCUAACCCCACCUCCCUUGACCUCCACUGAACUGUAGGACUGUAAAGCGCUUCCAGAAGGGUUGGCGUUGUGCCAGUCCCACUUGGACAUAACUUGAUGCAAACCUCUGCAUAGAUGUAUGCACGCAUGUACCACGUCCACAUUCACCCAGCCGCGUACAGGAGUCAUUUGUGGCAGUUGUGCACCUGGUGGUGUGCUUACUCACACAUAGGAGGCUACGUCUAGUGUUUUGGCACCACAUUCUUGCAAUACUUUUUAUAUCUUUUUUUACUAGAGGAAAGAAAAUAAAUUGUAUGUAUGUGGGAUUUGAUCUAAAUUUGGUCCCUAUCAUUUUUAGAACAGUUUUAAUUUCAGAGAGACCAAGAGAAGAAUGCUUCACCGAGAUCGGACCUCAUUUCUGCCCCUCUCCAUGUAGUAUGUUUUCUAUACUGAAUGUUUGUAUGUGAGUAUACAGGAAUGUACAUCACAAUAUUGCAGUUUAAUUUUAAGGAGUGAUACACUAAUGUUGGCAUGCAUCUAUUUUCUCUAUAGUUGAUAUUUUAUGUGGUGUUUGCUAUGUCUUGGCUAUGUUUGGCACAUGCUACGGUGUGAGCUGUAGUGUAUGUGUGUGUGUGUGUGUAUAUGUAUGUGU